CAUUUCCAGCUUCCUUCGCACUUCCGGCUUAUUUCCCCCAGUGAGCCAGAAAGAAAACAAAAUGCGUUAGUUAAAGUUCACAGAUGAGCUGCGGUUAGUGACAGCUUGGUUGCCGUGAGCCCGUGGAUUUCACCCAGCGCUGGAUUAAAUGUGUUUGUCCUGGACAGAAAGCUAACAUGCAGUUCUCUCCCACCAACGGAGAUUUCACGUUCGUCUCCUCUUCAGAAGCGGAAGACCUCAGUGGAACCAUCAGCACGCCUGAUGUUAAAGUGAAGAUGGCCAGCGACAGCGGCAGGGAUCCAUACGCCACCACCUUCCUGAGGCAACGGGGCUAUGGCUGGCUGCUGGAGGUGGAAGAAGAUGACAAUGAAGAGAGCAAACCUCUUCUGGAGGAACUGGACAUUGACCUGAAGGACAUCUACUACAAGAUUCGAUGUGUGCUGAUGCCCAUGCCCUCACUGGGUUAUAACCGGCAAGUAGUCCGAGACAACCCGGAUUUCUGGGGCCCUCUGGCCGUGGUGCUCCUUUUCUCCAUGAUCUCAAUCUACGGACAGUUUAGGGUCGUAUCUUGGAUCAUCACCAUCUGGAUAUUUGGAUCACUUACCAUCUUCCUGCUUGCUCGUGUUCUUGGUGGCGAGGUUUCUUAUGGCCAAGUUCUUGGAGUGAUUGGAUACUCCCUUCUUCCUCUCAUUGUCAUAACCCCUCUGCUUUUAGUGAUUGGGGGGUUUGAAGUGGUGUCCACAUUAGUCAAACUUUUUGGCGUGUUCUGGGCUGCGUACAGUGCUGCUUCGCUACUCGUCGGAGAUGAAUUUAAAACAAAGAAGCCCCUUCUCAUAUAUCCCAUUUUCCUAUUGUAUAUCUACUUCCUGUCACUGUAUACUGGUGUGUGACUGGAUGAGUUGGAACUGCAGACCUGGCCAUGGACGGCACCUCUGGGUCAUGGGGGGAAACAUCACAACUAAACUUGGAGCUCUUUUUUAAGGUGUUUUUUUUUUUUUUUUUACCCUACAACUCUAAGGAGAGAGGAUUUGGGAAAUAUAUUCAUUGUAAAUAGUUUUUUCCCCUUCAUUGUUCAAUAAAAUUAAAUCUAUUUGCAGCUUGUACCUUGUUCUGGAGGUCUCUCCAUCAGUGCACUACUGUCCCCAUAUGCCUAGAAUUGGUUGUAUUUUGGGAAUCUAGACAUCAUUUCUAGGAUUAUUGCAACCUCUAAACAUGCUUUACUAAAUAUUUCUGUGUGGUGGAGGAAAAGAUGGGUAAGAGACUGGAAAACUGGAUUCCUCACAGUUAAACUGAUGCAUUAUGGCAAACGUCCAUUGAUACGGUGCCUUGUUGUUUCCUGUCAUCUUCAAAGUACAACAUAACCACUUUAUGAAUAGUUACAGUAAAGGAAGGCGGAGCUUGUGAACUGA